AUGGCAGACACACCCAUUAUUGAGGCACCCUCAGCGCCCGUCUCAAACACCAACCCGGACCUUGUGGAAACCACCACCGAAGAAAUGGUCGUGGCAACAACCGACGCCGGAGACGCGACACCAGCCGACGGACAACUCGAGCCCGUGAAAAAGACAAAGAAGAUUAUUCGUCGCAAGAAGCGUCCUGCUCGAGUCCAGGCAGAUCCAUCCACCGCUCCAAAAUCCGAGCCUGCGGCUGCUUCAGGCGGCGACUACAACAUCUGGUACAACAAGAGUGGCAGCGAUAAUGAUGACAAGUACGGGCUUUCUAAGCCUGCGCCUGGUCGUUGUAAUAUUGCUAGGGAUAGUGGAUAUACGCGCGCUGAUCGUGUGCCUGGUUCUUUCUUCUGCACGCAUUUUGCUUGGGGAACUUGCGUCAAGGGCCCCGAGUGCGAGUAUUUGCAUCGUCUGCCUACAAUUCAUGACUUGUUCAAUCCCAAUACAGACUGUUUCGGCCGAGAUCGUCACAGCGAUUACAAAGAAGAUAUGUCUGGUGUUGGAUCAUUUUCUCGCCAAAAUCGGACACUUUAUGUUGGUCGUAUUCACGUCACAGAUGAUAUCGAAGAAGUUGUUUCCCGGCAUUUCGCUGAAUGGGGGCAGAUCGAUCGCAUCCGUGUGUUGACUGGAAGAGGUGUGGCAUUUGUUACCUAUACAAACGAAGCCAAUGCACAGUUUGGAAAGGAAGCAAUGUCUCGGCAAGCCUUAGACCACGAGGAGAUUAUCAACGUCCGUUGGGCAACGGUUGACCCGAACCCUAUGGCUCAGAAGCGCGAAGCUCGUCGGUUAGAGGAACAGGCCGCCGAGGCCGUGCGUCGAGCUCUCCCCGCAGCAUUUGUGGCCGAGAUUGAAGGUCGCGACCCCGAGGCAAAGAAACGCAAGAAGAUCGAAGGAAGCUUCGGACUACAGGGCUACGACGUUCCCGAUGACGUGUGGCACGCUAGGACCCGUCAACUGGAAACCCAAGAAGCUUUACAGCUGGAAGCACCAGAACAGCCACUGAUGAUCGAGCCCGCUGCAAUCCCCGAACCGCAACAGUACGAGCAACAAGGUGGGAGCAUCUUCUCCAGCUCAGCUGUAGCAGCACUUCGCGGAUUAAAUGGAAACGUGACGACUGCUGCAGCACCAAAAGCCGCUAGUGGUCCAUUGGUAGCAUAUGGCAGCGACGAAGACAGCGACUAA